AUGUCAGCUCCUUCGCUGUAGUAUUGCUCCUUAAAAACCCCUCUCUCUGAAAAUGACAUGCCCUCGCAAUGUAACUCCGAACUCGUACGCGGAGCCCUUGGCUGCGCCGGGAGGAGGAGAGCGCUAUAACCGGAGCGCAGGAAUGUAUAUGCAAUCUGGGAGUGACUUCAACUGCGGGGUGAUGAGGGGCUGCGGGCUCGCGCCCUCGCUUUCCAAGAGGGACGAGGGCAACAGCCCCAACCUGGCCCUCAACACCUACCCGUCCUACCUCUCGCAGCUGGACUCCUGGGGCGACCCCAAAGCCGCCUACCGCCUGGAACAACCUGUUGGCAGGCCUCUGUCCUCCUGCUCCUACCCACCUAGUGUCAAGGAGGAGAAUGUAUGCUGCAUGUACAGUGCAGAGAAGAGGACGAAAGGUGGUCCCGAGGCAGCUCUCUACUCCCACCCCCUGCCGGAGUCCUGCCUUGGGGAGCACGAGGUACCUGUACCCAGCUAUUACCGCGCCAGCCCGAGCUACUCGGCGCUGGACAAAACGCCACACUGUGCUGGGGCCAACGACUUCGAAGCCCCUUUUGAGCAGCGGGCCAGUCUCAACCCGCGCGCUGAACAUCUGGAAUCGCCUCAGCUUGGGGGCAAAGUGAGUUUUCCUGAGACCCCCAAGUCCGAAAGCCAGACCCCCAGUCCCAAUGAGAUCAAGGCGGAGCAAAGUCUGGCGGGCCCGAAAAACAGCCCCUCGGAGAACGAAAAGGAACGGGCCAAGAUCGCAGACUCCAGCCCAGACACCUCGGAUAACGAAGCUAAAGAGGAGAUAAAGGCAGAAAACACCACAGGAAAUUGGCUGACAGCAAAGAGCGGAAGGAAGAAGAGGUGCCCCUAUACUAAACACCAGACGCUGGAAUUGGAGAAAGAAUUUCUGUUCAAUAUGUAUUUGACGCGAGAGCGCCGCCUGGAGAUUAGCAAGACCAUUAACCUUACAGACAGACAAGUCAAAAUCUGGUUUCAAAAUCGCAGAAUGAAACUCAAGAAAAUGAACAGAGAGAAUCGGAUCCGGGAACUGACCUCCAAUUUUAAUUUCACCUGA